AUGGGCAUUUUCAAGGUUCCAUAUGCUACCAUAAAGGAAGUAGACAGUAUUCAACGUAAUUUUUGGUGGGGAAAGGAAGAAUCUGGAGGUUUCUAUUUUAUUGGUUGGCCAUCUAUUAACAAGCACAAGUGGAAUGGAGGUAUGGGGUUCAGAGAUUUAAAAUGCUUCAAUAGAGCUCUCUUGGAAAAAGUAGCAUGGAGAUUAUUAAAGAAUGGAGACAAGCUAUGGGCUAAAUCCUUAAAAGAAAGAUAUUCUCCAACUUCUACAGGCUUGCAUGCAAAGAAGAAGAAAAACUCAACUUGGGCCUGGCAGAGUAUUCAAGGGAGUAUGCAGUUCAUUUUCAAAUUUAGCUUCUGGUUAGUUGGUAAUGGACACAAUAUCUCCAUCUGGUCUGAUAUAUGGAUCUUAGGCAAACAAGAACCUCCUGUUCCAGCUGUGGAUUCAGAAAUCGCAAAUAUUUACAGCAAAGUUGCAGAUCUCAUUGAUCAUGAUACAAAAUCAUGGAAGGUGACAGUGGUGCAACAACUAUUCAACUAG